AUGCCUAGACCACGAGUCUUGUAUUUUUUCCCUCGCUGCAGACUCUGCCGCUACAAGGUUGAGGAGGGUGACGACGCUGUCGUAGUGUCCGUGGAUAAUUAUCAGACUGCCUCAUUCAAGUAUCGCUAUGGCGCUUCUCACGUCGACAGGAAAUGGGGGAGGAAAAUUCACUGCUGCUUAGCACCAUUUGAGGACAUGGGUCGCCAUGAACCUGCAAUUGGGUGUCACAGCAGAUGUCUGGCAUUUUUGGCCAAGCUGGAGCCUUCAUUGGAGUUUCGAUCCGGCAUACCUUUGUGGCCCUAUACUGAGCUGGUGGACAAGAAUAGAAAACCAUCCGGGAUCGAUCUUAUAGAAGCAUCAACGAAAAACAACCUGGAGAGACUAUACGGUGCAAGGCAGCCGGCCAGGACAAACAUACAUCGUUUCAGUGUGAAGGGACUUUUACAAAGCACUGGGAUCUUCAAGUCUGUCUUUCCCGAGAGAAUUCCGUCCGUGAGAUCACCUAUGCACAGACUGUACAGCACCAGCAUAUACUGGUAUGACCCUCCUGCGUCUGAGGAAGAGCGUCGCCUUCGAGUUUCCACCGACAUGCUCUGCGACCUUCUUCGAAAUACAAUUGGCCGCGAGGGCAAUCUUCCUAGUGAGAUUUGGCGAAUGAUAGCAGCAUAUCUCUCCCCUGAGUACGCAAUCACGUCAUCAUGGACGGCACCUUACCGGGGAGAGUCAACGGUGGUUCUCUCAGAAGAUAUCUGGGCAACACAUGUCUGGAUCGACGGCGUUGCAUAUGUGUCAAGCCUCUCGCAUGAUCCAAGCCCAGACGCCGAACAGAUCUUUGAAGCCGGCCCAAAACGCGAAAAUAUUAGUUUCUAUAUCAUGGAAGAUCAUUUGGGAAUACGGAAGGUGCACAUAUCCAACACUCUUCCGGUAGUCUGCAACUCAUCAGACCGGUCUGUGUGGUGGCGGAUUCACCCGGCCGAAGACACGGAUGACGAGUUCGUAUUCUCUUCCGACGGAACCAAAUUGCAGCAGCUCAUAGUGUCGUCACCUGAGCGUGAUACCAAACUCUGGCAUAUACCCACCAACUAUUCGUGGUCAGAACCUCUGCCGCGCUCUGAGCUAGCAGUCUUGUCCCUGAUGCGGCUAAACUCGCGACUGGGAGUUCCGAGAUUCCUCCCAUUUACCAUCAAUGAGCCUCAUUGUACAGGAUACACUGCAUGUUGGAUCGUACCCAAAAACUCUAAGCGCGGCGCUGGCCUACUGCACCUGCACGCCCAUAAACCCGCAGAGGAUCUAAGUUUCUACCAAAAGACUGCAAACCGUGGUGGGGACUUGGUCUGGACCUAUAUGCCAAUGAAGCCAGGAGAGAGAGUCGAUCAAGUAUGGAGCAGGCACGGCAACUACUCUUUCGAUGUUACGCUCGCGUUGAAGACGUCAAUGGGCCGUAUAUUGGCCGCUGGUCCAUUUAAGACCCUGGAUUUUACCGAUUCAAGCAGCCCUUGGACGUGCAUUGCUCAGCUUUCAACAACCGACCCCGAUCGGCUGUGGCUCGACGGUCCUCAUGCUGAUGAGACUUCUUCUCGUAAAUGGAUAUCUGGGAUGCUUUUCCGAUAUGAAAAUGGAGAUGAAGCCGCAGUCGGGGAUUUCCGACUAGACGCUGCCAGCCAAUGUAUUCGUGUGGUGAAAUCCUCGGGUCUUUACCUAGGAAUGGUGAAAUCCUCCAGCCGCACAUAUGUCAGUGGGAUUGAUAUUGUAUCUCCCGACACGAGCUCUCUUUCCUGGAAACCUUUUGCAUGGUCGGGGAUCUUGCAUUGGUGGUUUACCCCGAAAACGUGCUAUGUAGAGCACAGCGAGCUUCCCUACACCAACGGCGUCAUCGAGGUGAUCGAUGGGUGA